GUUGCUGUAGAGGUUCGUGUCGUCUUCUUGAAAAUCGGCGAGAUCGACACGCUAAAAGAGCUCUACCACGCGGACGUAUUCCUUCAGGCGAAGUGGCGUGAGCCUCGACUGGACAGUCGGACGCAAGAGGUGAGCCCCCUUUUUGUCCCUCCUCUCUUUGGCCAGUUCCAUCUUGUCCGUCGGUGGACCGUGACGCAAAGCCCCGCGUCUGAGUCCAUCUGGCCGGGUUGUGGUACAGAGGCGAGUCGUGCAGACGCCGGCCCACCGGCACGAGUGUGA